CAGGCACACGGGCGACGGAGGCGCUAGUUCACCGCCGUCUGUGCGCAGAGCUGCAGGCCACUCCUCGACGCCCGUUUGCGAAGACCAGUCGCCGCCCACCGGAGCACCUUGCCAGGUGCACACCACUGUUCACACUCGCAUCCUCUCCGAAAGACGGCAGAGGAGCCGCCGCAGACAAGGGGCACUUGUAAUUUUUUUUGUCUUUUGCGUGCCGGAGAGCCUGAAUAUUCUUCGCGUCGGAGGAAGCAUCUAGACUUGAAAGAUGGGGGAUGUAAGCAGCCGACUUCAAGGCAACGACGAUGAUGGGCAACCCGGAAACCCGAACGAGGUGGUCAGAGUGCGGAACGUGGACAUGUACGUGACGUACAACGCGGAGAAUCACUUCACGAGAGGAUUCGCCCGGACUAAAUCACAAAAACCAGCCCCUGUCCUUCGGCGGGGGCAGUCCUUCACAAUAGUCAUCAACUUCAACAGACCCUUCAACCCGGAAACGGACUCGUUGUCCCUCUUCUUUGGCGUCGAAGGCGAGAAUCGUACAACCUACUCGAAGGGUGCGACGGCCUUGGUCCCAGUGGAUUUUAGAAGUGCAGAGGCUUUGUCGUCAGGUACCUGGAGUGCCGUGGUGAGGAAGUCGGAGGAAAAGGCCCUGCUUAUCGAGGUUAUGACACCGGCAACCUGCAUCGUUGGAUCAUGGAUCAUGGAUGUCGACACCAAGAUGCGCAACGUGGUGGAAUCUGUGGGCGCCCGUUACACCUACCCGGACCCCAUCUACAUUCUCUUCAACCCGUGGUGCAAAGAGGACCUUGUAUACAUGGAGAAUCCCGAAGCAAGAUUUGAGUACGUGCUUGCUCACAGUGGCAUCAUCUGGCGUGGAACAAUGAAAUUAAUGAAGCCAAGCCCUUGGAAGUAUGGACAUUUUGAAGAGAAUGUCUUGGAAUGCUGCGUCUAUCUGCUGAGAAACGUUGGCAACCUUCCUCUGCAAGCCUGUGCAGAUCCUGUGCUUGUUGCUCGCCACAUUUCUGCCGCCGUGAACUCAUCAGACGACCAGGGUGUGGUCACUGGAAAUUGGACCUCGAACUACUCUGGUGGCGUGCCUCCGGUCUCCUGGACUGGCAGCCACCCUAUCCUCCAACAGUACUAUAAGACCAAACGGCCUGUCAAAUUUGGACAGUGCUGGGUCUUUGCUGGUGUCACUACCGCUGUCUGCCGGGCACUGGGCCUUCCGGCGAGAACAGUGACCACCUACCACUCAGCCCAUGACACACAGGGUAGUGCGACAGUGGACCAGUUCUACGACGAAAAUGGCAAACCCGUGGAUAAACUCAAUACUGACUCUAUCUGGAACUUUCACGUGUGGAACGAGGUCUGGAUGAGGCGGCUAGAUCUUGGAAAGGGUGAAUACGAUGGAUGGCAGGUCAUCGAUGCUACACCACAGGAAAUGUCCGGAGGCAUUUUCACUUGCGGACCUUCAAGCGUGAAGGCCAUCAAAGCUGGGGAGCUUAAUAAGCCAUACGACAGCACUUUCGUGUUUUCAGAAGUGAACGCUGAUAGUAUUUAUUGGCGCUAUGAGAGCCCCAGGAAACCGCUCAAGAUGCUCAAGAAGAACACCGAUCAAGUCGGUUUGUUUGUCAGCACCAAAGCUGUGGGCCGCUGGGAAAGGGAAGACAUCACCUUGGAAUACAAAUUCGCGGAAGGUUCCCAAGACGAAAGGGACAUCGUUUUGAAGGCUCUGAGGGAAAACAACCAUGCGUACGCGCGGUUCUACCUAAAUGACUCUAUGGACGACGUGCAAUUCGCUAUCGAGCCCAUCAAGGAAGUGCUCGUCGGAUCCUCGAUAGUCAUCCGGGCUAAAGCUAUCAACAAAAGUCCGUCUAGGGCCUACCAAUGCAAGAUUGCUAUCCGCAUUGAAACGGUUACCUACACUGGAACGACCAAGAGAGCACUCAAGCAUCAGAAUUUUCCUAUCAGCCUAAGGCCAAAUGGCGAGGAGAUGCUCUCACUGACGGUGCACUACAAGGACUACGAACGAGAUGUCAGCGACCAGGCAACUUUCAAGGUUACCAUGAUGGCGACCAUUCCGGAAGUCAAAUACGACUACAUUGCUCAAGAGGACUUCAUGCUCACCAUGCCCGAAAUUGAAAUUAAGGCAUACGGUCCGUGUACCGUGGGGCAGCGACAAAAGUUCACGGCAAGCUUCCAGAACCCUCUGCCGGGCAGACUUACCAGGUGCUUUUUCGCCAUCGAGGGACCGGGCCUGAGCCGACCUUACUACCUCGCACUGCGAGAAGGAGUACAGCCAAGGAGCGAAGCCUGGGUGGAGUUUGCGCUUACUCCAGCCACGACGGGACCGAGGUCUAUCGCGGCCAAGUUCAUAUCCCAGCAGCUGAAUGAUGUCGAGGGCUUCUUGGAGGUCAACGUCCAGGGCGAAGAAGCCGCCAGUCCGACAAUAACGAACGCCGUCGAAUAGAUGGUUGCUGUUCGGUCACGCUCCGCGCCGAGUGGCUUUCACACCUGGCAGAUUCCGAUGCUCGGCUUUCCAACUCUUAACUGGCGACAGUGAAAUACGGCGCCUGUGCGCCCGUGCCUCGUACACGCAGGAGGUGCACUCAGUGGCCGAGUUAUAAAAGUGACAGGGGAUAAAACAAAAGGAAGAGAGCGCAUUUGCGCCGUUCCAUUCUUCCCUUUCGACCCUUCCUAUUCCCACAAAUAUUAGUAUAGUUUUGCAAAUGGUCUACUCGUUUAUCUUUGUUCCUGUCAUAUCUUUUUUUUUGCACCUCUGUAUUUUGAUCGUAUGGGGUAGAUGUCGCCUGACGUGUAAACAAGCUAUUUCUAUUUCUUUCGCACGACCGUGGGCAGCGUUGCGCGGUACAUUUGCAUGAAAGCACCAAGAAAAAUUACUGCCGGCACAAGUAUGUAUAGUUUUCACGAGGAUUGCAUCGGCGAGAAUAGAAAGAAAUGGAUAACAUCAAGACAGCGUAAGGCGAAGCUGCCUCGCGACUUGGUCCCACUGUAGUAAUGUAAUGGUUGUCUGAGUUUUGAGAGAGGUCAAUAAAGCAAUGCGUGAAUCUGCA